CUCCGCCCCCGCCAGAACAUCACCGGCUGAGGCGCCGACGGCCGACCACCCGACCCGCCAGGGCCAGGCAGUGCCGCCACCCGCUCGCGCUCGGCCGCCGCCAGGCGCCCACCGCUGACCGCCCCACCGGACCGUCGCUCGGCACCUGCGCGGCCGCGCGGGACGGAUCCAGCCGCCGGACCAGGAGCAGGACUGCAGGAGGCCCCGCGCGCUCCAUCCCCAAUCCCCGAUCCAGUGGCCAGUGCUGAGUGCUCGACUUGAUCUGAUUUCUUCGUUUAGACGUAAUAAAAAAUUCAAACUCCCCUUGCCCUACACACCGACCGCACCACCACGCCUAGGACUAGGAGGAGAACGCAAAGUGUCAUUGUUGCCCAGCAUCGCGACAACUACGAGCAACUCCGACUUCGCCCCUGCAUACAAUCGAACUGUCUUCUGUUUACAGUUUAUAACUCCACAACUCACUCUAUUUACUUCUUUGUGGAUGCAUGCAGCAGCUUUAUGAGAAAAAGUUAGAACGGAAACUGAAGAACGAUCAGAAGCCAUACGUGUCAAAGUAUGCUCGCAGGCUAAAGAGAAAGAAGAGAAAAGACUUAAAGCAAAACAAAAGGAGGAAUAUAUGUUUCAGGCAGAAGCAGCUUUAGAUGGGCUCAAGAAGGUUGAUAAGAAACAGAAUAGAAAAGCUUUCCAGAAUGGAAACCCUGAGGUUUUUAUUGAUCAAGACACUCCUUAUGGGAAGAAGAAACAGCUAUCACCUCAAAUGGCCAAGCAAUAUAGUCCAAGCUUGGUUGAGAAAUCAUGGUAUGCCUGGUGGGAAGCAUCAGGAUAUUUUGGGGCAGAUUCUGCAAGCACAAAACCACCAUUUGUCAUAGUUAUGCCACCUUCAAACUUGACUGGAGCUCUUCACAUAGGCCAUGCUCUUACAGUGACUAUAGAGGAUGUCAUGAUACGCUGGCGGAGAAUGUCAGGUUAUAAUGCUCUUUGGGUCCCUGGAGUGGACCAUACUGGCAUCGGUAUGCAGGCUGUAGUAGAAAAGAAGCUUAUGCGUGAAAUGAAUAUGACAAGGCAUGACAUAAGACCUGAAAGUUUUCUUUCUGAAAUUCGCAAACGGAAAGAGCAGUAUUGUGGUACCAUAAUGAAUCAAUUGCGCCGCCUUGGUGCCUCACUUGAUUGGUCUCGCGAGGCUUCUACAAUGGAUGAGCAAAGGUCAAAUGCAGUAACUGAAGCUUUUGUAAGGUUACACAAAGAAGGCUUGAUAUAUAGAGAUUAUCGCCUUGUGAAUUGGGACUGCACACUUUUAACUUCAAUUUCUGACAUAGAGGUUGAUCAUAUAGAUCUUAAAGAAGAAACAAUGUUAAAGAUCCCUGGUUAUGCUGCUCCCGUACAGUUUGGUGUGUUGAUAUCUUUUGCCUAUCCGCUUGAAGGACUAGGUGAGAUUAUUGUUGCAACAACUCGAAUUGAAACAAUGCUCGGUGAUACAGCAAUAGCUGUUCAUCCUGAGGAUAGAAGGUACCAGCAUCUGCAUGGACGGUAUGCAGUCCACCCCUUCAAUGGCCGAAAACUCAAAAUAAUCUGUGAUCCUGAAUUUGUUGAUCCCACUUUUGGUACUGGGGCUGUCAAGAUUGCACCUGCCCAUGAUCCAAAUGACUUUGAGGUUGGACGACGGCACAACCUUCAGUUCAUAAAUAUCUUCACAGAUGAUGGGAAAAUAAACAGCAAUGGAGGUGCACAAUUUGAAGGAAUGCCAAGAUUCACUGCUCGAAUUUGUGUUAUUGAGGCAUUGAAGGCAAAGGGCUUGUACAAGGGUACAAAGAAGACAGAAAUGACUUUGUGCGUUUGUUCAAGAACCAAUGAUGUACUGGAGCCUAUGAUAAAACCCCCCCAGUGGUUUGUUAAUUGUAACACCCUGGCAAAGGUAGGCCUUGAUGCUGUAAGGUCUAAGAAGAUUGAGAUCAGUCCCCAGCAGUACGAACAAGAUUGGUAUAGAUGGCUUGAAAAUGUAAGUGAUUGGUGUGUUUCAAGGCAACUUUGGUGGGGACACCGUGUACCUGCAUGGUAUGUGACACUAGAAGAUGACCCGGAGAAAACACUAGGUUCUGACAAUAACCGCUGGAUAAUUGCAAGAAAUGAAAGCGCUGCAAACCUUGAGGCACAGAAAAAGUAUCCAGGAAAGAAAUUUCUACUGACUCAGGAUCCUGAUGUGCUGGACACAUGGUUUUCAUCUGCUCUGUUCCCAUUAACAGUACUUGGUUGGCCAGAUGAUACUGCUGACCUCCGUGCUUUCUACCCCACUUCGGUACUAGAAACUGGACACGAUAUUCUCUUCUUUUGGGUAGCACGGAUGGUGAUGAUGGGAACACAACUUGGUGGUGAUUUGCCGUUUCAGAAGGUUUAUCUGCAUCCUAUUAUCUGUGACGCACAUGGCCGAAAAAUGUGUAAUUCACUUGGUAAUGUCAUUGAUCCUCUCGAGGUGAUAAAUGGCAUGACACCUGAGGGUAUCGCAAAACGUCUGGAAGAAGGUAAUCUGGAUCCAACUGUAUUAAACAUUGCAAAUGAAAGGAAGCUGAAUGAUUAUCCUGAUGGCAUUGCUGAAUGUGGUACCGAUGCCCUCCGCUUCGCACUGAUUUCUUACACUUCUCAGUCUAACAGGAUAAAUCUCGAUAUCAAGAGAGUGGUUGGAUACCGACAUUGGUGCAAUAAAUUGUGGAAUGCCAGCCGCUUUGCCAUGGGUAAGCUUGGUGACCACUACAGUCCACCUGCAACUGUUGAUGUGUCUCUCAUGCCACCAAUCUGCAAGUGGAUACUUUCUGCACUAAACAAAGCUACUGGCAGAACCAUCGCCUGUUUAGAAGCAUACAAGUUCUCUGAUGCAGCAUCUGCUAUAUACUCUUGGUGGCAAUACCAGUUAUGUGAUGUAUUUAUAGAAGCUAUAAAACCAUACUUCUUCAAUGACCCUCAAGAAUUCGAAUCCGCAAGGGUCGCCUCCAGAGAUACUCUAUGGGUUUGCCUGGACACUGGUUUGCGCCUGCUCCACCCAUUCAUGCCUUACUUAACAGAAGAGCUCUGGCAGCGUCUUCCACAGCCCAAAUAUUCUUGUAGGCAAGCUUCAAUUAUGAUUUCUGAAUAUCCAUCUCUUGUUGAGGAAUGGACUAAUGACAAUCUUGAACACGAGAUGGACGUUGUCUUAGAUGCCGUGAACAAAAUAAGGUCUCUGAAGCCUCCAACAGAAAGAAAUAAAAGACGGCCUGCUUUUGCACUCUGCCGAGGCCAAGAUAUCAUUGCCACUAUUCAAUGCCACCAAUCUCUCAUCGUAUCACUUUCUUCCGUUUUACUUCUUAAGAUCUUGACCGAGAAUGACGAAACUCCAGCUGAUUGUGCAACUGCUAUUGUUAACAAAGAUUUGUCGGUGUACCUUCAGCUUCAAGGAACUCUAAAUCCAGAAGCUGAGCAUGAAAAGCUAAGAAAGAUGACAGUUGAAAUUCAAAAGCGACAACUUGCUCUGACUCAGAAGAUGGAUGCUUUUGGUUAUCGCGAGAAGGCUCCUCAAAGUGUACAGGAAGAGGGCAUGAGAAAGCUCACUGCUUUCUUGGAACAACUGAUCGUCAUAAGUGAAGCUGAGAAGAAAUUAGAUGCCAAAACCGACAAUGAUUGACUCUGAUGAUCACUGUCUAUAAGAUAAUCAUAAUUUUGAUAUUUAUUUUUCAUCUUGUGUGAAAAGUUGAUCCCACAUUUUUAAUGAACGGCAAAGUUAUGUGUAUACUUACAGAAAGACAUUUGUGUUGGAUGUUUUUUUAAGUACUUUAUACUCC